CCAAGCCGUGGCUUCAGGCUGCUGUUGUUGUUUUUAUAGUGAAAUCCGGCACGACGCCGUCUUGUGUAACUUUGUGUGGCAGGGCAGAUGAGCUGGUGCAGUUGUCAGAAUGGAGAUCGGAGAAUCUUUCACAGCGUGUUUGCUGUUCUUUGUUGUUUGAUUUAAAUGGCCUUGUAAACUCAGGUUUUAAACACAAAUCAUGACCCCUGUGCAAAGACUUGGACCUUUUUUCGCUGUAGUCGGAUUGUAUCUGCUGUUGUCACUGCCUCCCGCCAGCUUGGCAGCCCAUCUAUUUAACAGCAAUGACACAAGUCUAACCUCCGCUCCCCCUGCUCCCCCACAACAGAAUGCUACGACAACCACACCCAACGGAACAACGCACGUUCCAGCCACAGCGCCACCUACAGGUCCCCUGGUCAACACCAGCGAGUCAACAGAGCUUGUUUCUACAGCCAGUACUCUAACAACUACUCUGCAUCCCACUGCUGAUGAAUCUACAACCCCGGUGAAUGAGACAGAGGGUACCACAGCGCCCCCUAUCACAACACCGCCCACAACUCACGCCAUUCAGACCAGCGCCGGCACGAUCCCCACCACCCUGAAGCUAGACCCGAAUGAAUCUGUAACAAGCGGAGCCCCCGAUGUCACCGGGAGCCUCCCGGUGCAGCCCACCUCCUUUUACACGACCCUCGUCAGCACUCACAACUUAGGUGAACGGUUUGAACUCAACAGUUCAGAAAUGGCGAUUACCAUCUUCUUCAGCACUAUUCUCGGAGUGGCUGUCCUCGUGUUCAUCAUGUACAGCCUGAACAAGUGCAAGAGGAAGAGCGCCCAGUAUUCACACCGGCCUCUCUACAACACUGCAGACGAGACGGUGGACAGAUACAGCGCCCCAGAUGAUACACUGGUCAUUUCAGGAGGCUUGUAUGAUGGCAUCCGAAUCUACAACCCAAACAUGACUGUUCUUGAGGAGGACGAAGAAGAACUCCACCCAGAGCACCGCCCCUUUGGCUCCAGAGCCCCACAGUUUCGGCUGGAAUUUUUGCCAGAAGAACAGGGAAGGCCCCCCAGUACCGGCGGGUCUACCUUUGAAACGUUUCAGGCUCCCCCUGAAGAGCUUUGAUUCAUUUCAGACUGCAACCACCACAAGACCUAAACAGGAAGGUGUAAGCUGACGUUAUACUUAUUUACUGUACUGUCAUGUUUUAUUAUAAUUUUUUUGUUUGUUUGUAGUCCAUUAUUCAAGAUUUCGCAGAAGCCCAUAAUACCUUGCAGUGAAAAAAAUACAGAGGGGUGAUGCUCAGGAAAUAUUGUUAUGCCAUCUUGUGUUUUUCAGAGGAACCUCUCCCAUGAUUUAGAUUUUCAUCUUCUCAAACAGGGCAACUUACACCAUUGCUACUGCAAACCGGAAUGCAAAACACAUUAUGGGCAACUACGAACAGGUCUCUAUACACUUCACCGUCAAUUAAGACAGCCCUUACAUAAUAACAUGUGGAGAUUUAGCUUGUAGCGUUCGAAUUCUCCCUGAACUAAGUGAUUGAUCUGUUCUCACAGUAUAUGUGUACCAAUGUGAAUGUAGAUGUUCUGCUUUUUGUUUUUCAUUUGUACUUAAACUUUAUUUCAGGUUCCAGGAAUCACUAAGGGCUGCUAAAUAUUUAUCAGCUACAUAUAUCUCUUCAAGUUCAUAUUCCAGAUGUCUAUCUUCAAUAGGCUUUGAUAGCUUUGUUACAUUUUGUGUCGUGUUAAAAAAGUAUUUUAAACUUAUUGAACAACUAUGUAAUUAGCACUUCAGGUUAAUAUAUUGACACAAGUUACAGCAGCUGCCCUUAAAUGUGUAAAAAAAAAAAAAAAAAGGACCAUAAUUUUUUGUAUAUAUUUUUUAUAAUAUGUGCACUUAAAAUUAUUCUUAACUAAUGUACAUUGUUUAUAAUACUUAACCUAAGUUAUAUCUGAUUAAAUCUGCAAUUUUGUUUUGUUUUUUCCUUAAGAAAGUUAUCAUUAUUAUUUGCUUCAAAUCAACACCAAAAGGGACAAAGGAAAGUGUUGUAUUUAUUGUUUAUAAUAUGAUACUGUGUACAUCUUAGAACCGUAUUUAAAGAUUAGAUCCUCAAACAAGGGAACUUCAGCACUUUUGGUAAAUAGCUAGUAAUAAAUAACUAUUAGUUAACACCAGUAAAAGCUUAUCUUUCUUCCCUUUUAUGAUGAUCUUAUCUUUUUAAUUGGGCUCUAAAUGUGUGUGGUUUUCUUUGAUUUAGAUUUUAGUCCUAUAAAGAUUGAUUAUUUUCUGUUUACAAUUUUUUCUGUCCUUAGUUAUUGAGUGUUUUCUAAAUAAAAUAAACUAUUGAAAAGUCCCAGGAA